AUGAAGAGUCAUCAGGAGCCCCGUUCAGGCUCUUCCUGUGCAGCCUGCAAGUUGUUGAAGCGAAGGUGCACUCCUACUUGUCAAUUUGCACCCUAUUUCCGGUCCGACGAGCAGAAUAAAUUCGCAAAGGUACACAAGGUGUUUGGAGCAAGUAAAGUGAGCAAGAUCCUAAACGAGGUGCCGGAGGAGCAACGGGAAGAAGCCGUGAAUACGCUCGUUUACGAAGCGGACAUGCGCCUUAGGGACCCCGUUUACGGUUGCAUCGGGGCGAUAGCUUCGCUGCAGAAGAAGAUGGUAGAGCUUCAACAUGAUCUGAUUCUUGCUAGAGCUCGUCUUGCCUAUUAUGUUGAUCAGUCUGUUUUGUUUUCGGAUGAUGGAGCCAAUAUGUACUGCCCUGGGAUUGACAUGGUAGAGGCCUUCAACGGCCAGGAUUGCUUGUCAUUUGAUCAGUUUAGCCAAUAUCCAUUUCCAUAA